CUCUGUCUUACAAGCCUCCUUGUUAGACCACUCCUUUGACUUUAAAUCAGCCCGGACCACAGAGACGCUGUCAAACAUACUUGCAGACAUGUUGCACUCAGACGUGCAAGCGGGGCAUUUUCUCACUUCUUCAACUGUUUCAGGAAGUGGGGCAGUGCAACCAAAAUCAGGAAAUUAACAGCUGCUAUUUAUACAAGCUGCAAAGGGCUCUAUCUGGGGAAAGCUAGUGACGUGUCCGUUCACAAAAGACGCUCCUGAGAGAAGCCAGAGGAAUUCUUUCUGCGAUGAUGCCCAUUCUGAACUGAUAUUGACUCCUUUCCAGAAUCCAGAACCAUGAAUGAAUCCAUCUCAAGCACCAAAUCAGGUCAUUCUGAGUCCACAUGUGAGGUUCUGAUUCUCCACACUUCUGAAGCACAUGAAUGGGCCACGUAUUUGCAGCAGGUCUUGAAAUCUCACAAGUUGCACAGAAAGUCCGUUUUGCUGUAUUCACUGAGCUCAGCUGAUCAGCUCCAUGGAUACAACUUUGCAAAUUUCCAAAGCAGCAAAUGCGUCGUGCUGCUCCUCUCUGCUGUAUUUCUGGACAUGCUACAAGAGCAGAACCUGCAGCAAGCCCUUCAGGGAUUUCUGCAGCCCCCGCACAGAGUGGUGGUGUUGUUCUGUGGGGUGUUUGAAGAGGAUGUGCUGAAGGACACGUUCAGGGACUGGAUCAGCUGGAGGAAAAUCUUUGCUGAAGAUGAGCCUGAUACUUAUGUUUCCACCAUCAUGGCUGCAGUGACUGAUAGUAGACAAGCCGAGGCCAUGUGUGAAAAUGAAGCUGCUGCAGUGGAGCCACCCAUGGCUGUUCCGUCUGCUCAUGAAAACCCCUCUGAGGAAGCAGCAGAUUCAGAAAGUGCCCACGUGGAGCCUUCAGGUGAUGAAGUGAAUCCAUCUGAACAGCUCACCUGUCUGACUGUUCAGCCCAGCAGGAUUCAGUGUGAGAAACGGGAGAAACUUUUUAUCGUUUUAACGACCAAAGUAAGCGAUGCUGGUUCUGGACCUGAGGUGGAGUUUUCAUCUGAAAAAGGCGGAUCCAAAAGGCUUUGUGGCACCAUGGAAAAUGAGUACACGAUAAGCGUCACCGCUCCAGAAAUGUCUGCUGGGUUGGUUUCUCUAACGCUGUACAUCGGGCAGUCCUGCAUUAGCCUGACACCUGUCACCUAUUACACCUGUAUGGGGGAAGUCAGCCGAUACCUGGAACAGGCUGCCGAUCCUCUCAAGUUCAUCUGCCAGGCUUUCAACUUGACAUCAAACGCAACAGAAUCAGUGGAUGAAAUUUUAAAUGAAUCACUCAAAUCCAAGAUGCCAGAGAGCGGUCUUCAGCUUUUUGGAGUCAAGCAGAUUGAAACAGAUAAUAUGUCAGCAAAUCAACGGGAUGAGGAAGUCCCCACUUUGCUCCAUUUUGCUGCCAAGUACGGCUUGAAGAAGCUCACCACCACGCUGCUCCACAGUCCUGGAGCUCUGCAGGCUUAUAGUGUGAUGAACAAGCACGGAGACUAUCCCAACACGCUGGCGGAAAAGAACGGCUUUGGCGAUCUCAGACGCUUCAUGGAUGAGUUUGUUGAGACAGCAGACAUGCUGAAGUCACACCUGGAGGAUGCAGCGAACAUAGAUGGAGAUAUCUAUGAGGCCAUGUCAAACAACUCCCAGGACAUGAUGAUGAAGUAUUCGGGCAGCUCUGAGGACAUCUAUGAGUCCAUGCUGAGAAUCGAUCCGGAGUGUGCUGAAGAUCUGUAUGAAGCAAUGAGUGCAGUUGAUACGAAUCCUGAAGAAGCUUUGCUCAGGACAUUCUUUCAAGCAAAACCUCAAGCUCCAGACCGGCAGGUCAACAACCUCAGCCUUCAAAGUGAGGAGGAGCAGAGAGAUGGACCGACCAGCUUCCUUCAUGACGAGAGAGAGGAAGAAGAGAAUCCGUACAAUCUCUGUCCAGAAGACAUUUAUGACAUUGUAGAUGCUAAAAGUACCUACAACCCUGCGAUUGUGAACCGUCCACCAGCUCCUGUGCCCAGGCCAGAGUCAGCGUUGGACCCUGAAAAACGAAAGACCUACAUCUCCAGAGUGUUUUCAGAUAAAGAUGUAUCAAGAAACUCAGCCAUUGAAGCCGGAUAUCCACCAGCCCGGCCCGCGGUUGAAGCCCCCAUCUCCACCUAUGACCCCUAUGCGGGGAUGAAGACCCCAGGUCAAAGGCAGCUCAUAUCUCUGCAAGAGAGAGUCAAAGUUGGGGAAAUAACUGUGGAGGAGGCGGUGCAGGAGUUCAGGGCUUGGCAGUUUGACCAUGAGCGCAGAGCCAGCUCUCUGCGCUAUCAGCAGGAAAACCUGAAGAAGCUCAGAGACAGCAUCACCAGACGUCACAAAGAACGAGAGAAGGUUGGAAAAGAUCUCGAAUAUGAGAUAAGUGCGCCGCUGCAGAGGAACCUUUACUGGGGCUCCAACUUGGAGUGCGGCGUGUACGAACCGUCGCCAAGAAUCUCAGCUCCGCCUCCUCCGCCUGUUCACACCAUCCAGAGAGGCACCUGGAAAACCGGCAGCACCUCCAGCACAUCCAGCACUGACAGCAACAGACUCAGCACUUUCAGCUGCAGCAGCGGGACGGAGCCAGAAUUUGAGAAGGACGCAGCAGAAAGUCUUCCUCCACGUCCGCAACGGCCGUCCGACCCACUGCCCGUUCCUCCGCCCAGGAUUCCUCCACGGAUCCCGGAGAGGGUUCCAGAGGUGGUGCAUGAGCGCUACAUACCCUGCCCGACCCGAGCGCUUCCUAACAGGCCGAUGAACAGAGACAUGGCCCCGCCGGUCCCUCGCCGCCAGAGGUGAUGACCACGGGUCUCCCAGAGGUCAUCAGUGAAAGGAGGGAUGCUGUUCACAGAGGAACACUUUAAACUGGUUUAAAUUAACUGAACAUAUCAAGUUUGGCUGGUGUGGCUGUGAGUAAUAGGAAGUGUCAAAAUGUCUUUUGUUUUAAAGCAAAAAAUAAUUCAUUGUAAAAAA